AUGAACGCAUCUUACGCAACUGGCAGGAUUAUGGGAAACCGAGGACGUGCAGGGCGUAUCAGUGGAGGACGAAAUGUGCGAAACUCCUCGGCUCCUGGAAUAUCCGACAAUUUCAAUCGACCUCGUUUUGGAAGUAGUAAUAGACGUUCUACCGGUCGCCGUCGUGAAGAAGAGAGUCGACGUAGCAGUCAUCGCCAUAAGCCAAAUGAUGUUCGUAAAUCGUCACGACGAAGUCCAGCAAAGAGUAAAAAUAAUAAUGAUUCAACAGAUAAAGAAGAUCUCAUUCGUUUUAUGCGUCGCAAAGAAGAAGAACAUCGUAAAAAAGAAGAGGAGUUAGUUAUGGAACGUGAGCGUGAAAGAAUUCGUUAUGAGCGUGAAAAAUUGGAGCGUGAUAAGCUUGAACUUGAGACUUUAAGACUUCAGGCGCAGCUAGCUCAGGCAACACAGUUACAAUUUGCUGCAGUUGCAGGUUUACCACAAGGUGGUGCUGCUGCUGUUUCGGUUCCUCUUAUAACUGGAACAGGAGAUUCUUCUACAUCAGCUCUCCAUAAUCAACACUUUGGAGGUGGUGGAUUUAAUCAUCGACGUGAGAGAGAGAGUGCUAUGCCAACAGCUUUCUCUUCAGAACGACGAAAUAUUGAUAUGUCGGCUAAAAGUGAGAUGAGCCGAAGCAAAUCACGAACUUCUAAACAAAAUGAUAGGGAUGAACGUUCUGACAGGUACAUGUUCAAUGAGUACAAAUUGAUAUAA